AUGAGCUCAUUAGCCCCACCCACCCCUCUACGCACUAGUUCUCGUAACCGUUCCGCCCCAAACAGUCCCGGCAUGGUUCCCACCUCGUCAGAUUCUCGAUUGUCACUCAGCGUAACUACUGCAGAUGCAUCUAGUAAAAGUAACACUGAACUGCCUGCCGUAGCCUCGGAUUCUGAUGAAGAAGAAACUGUCACUGUUCGCAAAAGAAAGAAACGAGGGGAGAAGUCCCAGAAUGAAAUUUUGUCCGAUUUAGAUUCUACUCAAGGUCGCAAAAAGUCAAAAUCAAACAAACAUAUCACAGCUCCGAUUGAGAUAGACCUAGAUCAGGAUGAUGGUACAUCGGUGGCAACAUCUUCAGCCAAGCGAAGAGGUAUCCGCCAGCAAAAAGCAGAAGAGGCGAAAGAACUAGCUCUCUACUUCUUUCCACCUGAGCAUAUAGGCAACGAGGGAAGAAUCAUUAUUAUCACACCAACCUAUCAUUGA